CAAAAAGAAUGGAAGAGAUGAAAUAAAAUUAUUUAGAUAGGUAUCAUAAUUUGAAUAAUCAGAUUGAAUAACCUUCAUUAGUUUCUUUAUUGUGAAUUGCCGCUUAAAUUGAUGAAUCACAAUGAAGAUGAAGUAAAUUAAAAUUAAAUUAUAGACUUGUAUUGAUCUGUAAAAUCGGCUGUACACAUUAAUAGAAACAGGAUACAUAAAGGAAACAGAACAAUAGUUAUAGUAAUUGAUAGAAGAGAAUUACAAAUUGCAUAAUAAGGAAAACGAUAAAUAAUUGAUAAAUGGUUUAUCUACUUCAGAAGCAAGAUAUGUUAAAUAAAUAGCUGAGUUAUAACAUUAAAGGGAUGUAUUGUAGGAUGAAUUAGAUGAAAAGAACUUUAUAAUGAAUGAGAUUUAAUCAAAGAUGGAGAAGUUUGAAUUAUUAUCUGAUAAUUUGGUAAAGGCUGAGCAAGCCAUUAAGGAGCUUUCAGAGGAGAAUAUGGAAAUGAGUUAAUAAUUGUAGUAUGAAUAGGAAAUAAAUUAAUAAUAUAAAAGUUAAAUAGAAGAAUUAUAAUAAGUUGUAAUAAAUAAAGAAACAUCUUAAAAUAGAAAUAUUUCACCUUCUCAAAUUUAUUAGUUUCAUGAAUAGGUAGGAUCACUUAGAAUUGAAUUAUCAGGAUUAUAAGCAGAACUUAAAAUAAGAAUGUAAAUUUUAGAAUAGUUUAAGACUCAAUUAAUGAGUGAUUUAGUUAAAGGAUUUCAUACAAUGUUAUCAAAAACUAAAUAAGAAUUGUAAAAUGAAACUAUUGAAGUAAAAAAGCAAUAUCAAUAAUUAAAUGAAAUCUCUACAUAAUAGAUUAAUAAAUUAAAGAAAGAUGUGUAGUUCUAUAAAGUUCUUGAAGAAGAAUAUGAAAAUAAAAUAAAAGAGGUUUUAAAUUAAAAAUCAGAUUUGGAAUCAAAAAUUAAAUAAAAAGAUGAUUAAUUGCAAGAUAUAGCUUGUAAAUUAGAUCUUAUACAAUAAAACAUUGAAUAAACUGAAUUAAACUUUUAGAAUCAAUUACUCUAAGAAAUAAAUUCAAAAGAAAAAUAUAAAAUUUAAUUAAAAAAUGCUAAGUAAGGAUUAUAAACCUUAUCUGAAAAAGUCUCCUUAUUAUUGUCUUUUUAUUAAAAAUAGACUAAAUAUAUCGAAGAUAAUGUUCUGUUACUGGAAUCAUAAAUAAGAGAAGAAAAUAAAGAACUUAUAGAUGGACUUAGUCAGGAAUUAAGUUAGAGUAUUGAAACAAUAAAAAAAUAACAUAGCAGCAUUAAAUAACUAGAAUUAUAAUGUUUGAAAUCUAAUUUCUAAAAAGCAGAAUUUAAUAGAGGAUCUGAUGUAAAUAGAUAAUCCGAAAUUAAUAAUAGAAAAUCAGAGUUUGAGCAGAUUAAAUAUGAUAAUUCCUUUAUUGAUGAAAGAUCUGUUUGUUAGAGAACGGGCAGAUUGGAUGAAUAAAGAAAAUAUUUAGAUGACUUAAAAAAACUGCACAGAACAACAAAAUCUUAAUUAAAACUCAAUCGAAAGUAUUGA